UUCCAGUUUCUCAAACAGUUGGGUGUUGGAGCCAGCUGGCAGUUUGUAGAUGUUUAUGGUCUCGACGCUGACCUGCUCAGCCUGGUCCCUCGGCCUGUGUGUGCGGUGUUGCUUCUCUUCCCAGUAACAGGAAAGUAUGAGUUGUCCAGGGCAGAUCAGGAAGAAAAAAUUAAAUCCCAUGGUCAAGAUGUUGAUUCCUCUGUUUACUUUAUGAAGCAAACCAUAAGAAAUGCCUGUGGAACAAUGGGUCUUAUUCAUGCAGUAGCAAACAACCGGGAGAAGCUCAGUUUUGAAAGUGACUCUCCAUUGAAAAAGUUUAUUGAUGAGUCCAUCUCAAUGAGCCCCGAGGAUAGAGCCAAGUUUUUAGAGAGAGAUGAGAGUAUUCGGGUUACACAUGAGAGCAGUGCUCAGGAAGGACAGUCUGAGCUACAAGCCUGUAGUGUGUUACUGUCUCCUAGAAAGCAUGUCAGGGAAGCCUUCCCACGCCCAUCUACCUUGUCUAUCAAGUGUCUUCAUUCUGCAGCUAAGAUAUUUAGAUUUCUCUAUGGAGAGUUCCUGUCACUGCUCUAUGACUUUCAUUACUUCACCCGCUGGCAAAAACAGAGCAAUCAAUCUGAUGCACCCAAUAUAGAUGAUAAAGUAGACCUACACUUCAUUGCUUUUGUCCAUCAACAAGGUCAUCUUUAUGAGCUAGAUGGAAGCAAGCCUUUUCCGGUAAAUCACGGACGCACUAGUGAGGACACAUUGUUAGAAGACGCUAUUGAAGUUUGCAGAAAGUUUAUGCAGCGUGAUCCAGAUGAACUGAGGUUUACCGUCGUGGCUUUCUCGAAAGUAUAACAAAAUCUGAAUUUCAGCAUAACCCUAAAACUGCCCAAAAGGAUUUGGAUAGAAUGCCAGGUGGUGAAAAUGGAAUUUUAUAAUCUUUGUGUGCAAAUCUCAGAUUACUAUACAUUAAUAAAAAAAAUAUAAAUAAAUUUACGUUUAUGAAGUCUGAUAUAUUAUAUUAUGGUGACUUCAUCCUGCUGCUUUUGUCCUUAAUUUAAAGUCUUCAUGAGAUGUUCAAUGUGAUGAUGCCAAUAAACUUGGAAAAGCCAAACAA